AGUACCGCCCAGGGUACUCAACAGGGAAAUGGGAGGUACUUCCUGAACAUUUUAGGGAAAGUCUACAUUUUGGGGGGAUAUGUUGUAUAAUUAAAAUGGCAUAAGCAUGUCUUAUCCAGAACAAAUAACAAUGUUCAUGAAUAAUUUAAGACGAUACAAAUAAUGACACCUCCUGGGUGUCUAAAUCCAGUCCCAGUCAUGUGUUUCACAGAUUUUGCUAUCGCCACUGUCUAGACUUUCUAGAAGAUCCCUCAACGCAAAACACGCGCGGGAAUCUGUCCUGUACUUUGACAACAGUUUCGUUCACCAGUUCGUACAAGGAUGAUGCGAAAGAAGAGACGCUCCUCUGUGGACAAAAGCGAAAGUGCUGCACCACCAGAUGUGUCAAAGUCCAAGAAGAGUAGGACCACUGGCCAUCAGUCCAAGACCACGGCUCAGGAGGACACCAGUAUUGACUCAGUCUUUGGCCAAUUUCUGCACGAGGCUGGUGUUAUCUUGAGACAGGGCAGUACAUCCAAUGAGAUUGCUGUGGACCAAGUGGUUUUCCAAAAGAGACUGCAGCAACAUCUGAAAAAGAGUCCUAGAUACCCCAGUAUUGUGCAGGAGUUCAUCACAGGACUGGAGUCUCACAUUGAGGAUCCUGAGAGGUUCAGGAACUGCCUCCUCCCCUGUGUACCACGCCUGGCCGAUGGGGACUCAAGCUCUGUCAGCUCAUUUCAGGAGAGUCUGCUGCGCAUGCUGCUGGGGAUCGAGAUGCUGCAGGUUUUGGUAAUCAACACUUUGUUUGAGAAGCUUCCCGAGUUCAUGUUUGAUGGUGCCGGAGAGGAUGGUCUCAAUAUCCCUCGUGUUAUUGUCAACCAGCUCAAGUGGUUGGAUAGAAUCAUAGACAGCAAGGAGUUAGCAGGUAAGCUGAUGCAGCUGGUUUCUGUGGCGUCGGUUGAGAUACAGUGUGACAUCAUCACGAGUCUGCCAGAGAUCCUGGAGGACUCCCAGCACAGUGACAUUGCCAGGGAGCUAAACACCUUACUCCAGGAAAACACUCAGCUGACUGUGCCAAUCCUGGAUGCCUUCUCAAGCUUGAAUCUGAGCUCCACUCUGUUGGCUGAGGUACGUGUGUCUGUCAUGGCCACCCUGUCUGCUGUCCAGCUGGAGGACCUGCCUGUGGUGGUGAAGUUCAUCCUACACUCCAUCUCUUCCUCAGACGCCCUAGAGGUGGUGUGUGACCUGCGUAAGAAGCUGGAGUUGGAGCUGUGUGUUCUCCCUCCGGUGCUGCAGGCUUCUCAGAGCCGCAUGAAGAGCAAGGGGACAACCGAGUCCUCCAACACCUCAGCAUCCAGCAGCAGCCAGGACAGUGUUGCCUUGGUGUUGGAUGGCAUUAAGUCUGCAGUGCGCUUCCAGAAGAGCACCUCUGAGGCCUGGCUUAAGGCUAUAGAGAAUGUCGACACAGCAGAGGAUCACAAGGUCAUUGACCUGCUGGUGCUGUUCAUCCUGCACUCCACCAAUGCCAACCACAGCCGGCGUGGAGCUGAGAGGGUGCUGAAGGUCAAAGUGAGAGCAGGACAAAUCCAGGAGGCUCUGCUACAGAAAACGUUCAGGGGCUAUGCACAGGUGAUGAGAGGUUACUUUCCCUCCAUCUUGGCCCUGGCCCAGAGUCUGCUGCGUUCCCCCGACCCUUGUGUGGUGCCCUUCGGUGGACACAUGUACAGACUCUCAUUCACUGCCUUUGACUCCUACUGCCAGCAGGAGGUGGUGGGCUCCCUGGUGACCCAUGUUUGCAGUGGCGUGGGUGGUGAGGUGGACGUGGCUCUGGAGCUGCUUUGUGGCCUGGUGACAGAGAAACCCUCUGAGAUGGCCCUCUACGCCGUCUUUGUCAAGGGUAUCCUGGACUACAUGGAGAACCUGACUCCCCAGCAGAUCCGCAGGCUCUUCCACCUGCUCAGUGGCCUGGCCUUCGGACAGCAGCAGCAGGGCACACACAUCCAGGAUGAAAUGCACAUAGUGGUCCGUAAGCAGCUCUCCAGCACCGUGCCCAAGUACAAGCGUAUUGGCAUCAUCGGUGCUGUCAUGGUGGUGGGCAGCAUGGGGGCCAGCAGGCCCAAAGUGGAGGAUUCUCAAGGUGGCACAUUGCCCAAGGAGACAUACAGACAGGUGACGGCCCUGCUGGAGCUGGUACGGUCGUGCAGUGAAAGCUCUCCUGAAGCUGCUGCUCUCUACUAUGAUGAACUAGCCAACCUGGUCCUCACCUGCACUCUGGACCCUCUGGUGCAGGCCUGGAUAGGGAAGAGUGUGCUGGAGGACUUCCAGGAAGACUUUGUAGUGGAUCUGGGACCAGAUAUAACUGGGCCCUUCCCCUUCCCCGCCUGUAUAAUGUACAACCUGGAUGAUGAAGAGAGUCAGGGAGGCAUUGCUAUCAACCUGCUGCAACUACUGUCUGAUGACCUCCAACACAAGGGGGAGCUGUGGAGCCAGACUGGGAACAACAAGACCCAGAGGCGAGUGUCUCCUCUGUGCCUGUCUCCGUUCUUCCGGCUGCUCAGGCUGUGUGAGGAGCAGCAGCACCAGGGAGACCUGGAGGAGAUCGAUGCCCUACUGGGCUGCCCUCUGAUCUUGACUGACAUGGAUGUGGUGGAGAAGUCAGAGAGCCUGUCCAAGCCUGAGAGAGAGUUCCUCUGUGGCCUGCUAUUCCAGACCAUCAACUGGUUUAGAGAGGUUUUGAAUGCAUUCUGCAGUCAGAAAGACCCUGAGAUGAAGAUGAAGGUGGUGACUCGUCUUCAGAACAUCACCUACCUCCAGACUCUAUUGGAGAGGACUUUGGCAGCAACCCCUGGCUAUGCCCCUCCUCUAGCCAACUUUGAUGGGGAGAGUACAGAGGGAGCUCCAGUGUCUAGCUCCUCUGCUGCUCCAAAGAAGGGAAAGAAAGAGGGUACUGGUAAGAAGAGGAAAGCCCCUGCUAAGAACCCGUCAGCAGACAGCUCUCAGCUGGAGGAGGGCACAGAGGCAGAAGAGACCCAGCAGGACGAUGGAGAGAAGGAGAAGGUUCAGGAGGCCACUAGGCCUGGGGUCAGUCUGGUUUCCUACCGGCACUUCUUCAGAGAGCUGGACAUGGAGGUGCUCAGUGUGCUGCAGUGUGGCCUGCUCUCCCGCUCUCUGCUGGACAGUGAGCUUCACAGCAAGGUGCGUGAGGAGGUGCAGCUGGGCCCAGCAGAGUUAGUCUUCCUGCUGGAGGAUAUGUGGCGCAAACUGGAGUUCAGUCUGACUGCUGCCCCUGCCAAGAGAGUCCCAUUCUUCAAGGGAAAAACAGACAAGAGCGUGGGCUUCUCCCACCUGCAGCAGAAGAGCCCUAAGGACAUCGCUGCCUGCUGUGUCCAGCUGCUGCCCACCCUCUGCACCCACCUGGAGAACUGCCACAAUCACUUCCAGACUCUUCUGUCUGAGAACCAGGGGGUGGUGGACGCCUCAGGCCUGGAUGUGAGAGAGCAUCAACUGCUGUCCUCAGCCUACCAGCUCCUCCUACAGGUUCUACACACCACCUUCAGCUGGUCUGGUUUCUCCCAGCCAGAGCACCGUGGCCUGCUGAAGAAGACUCUGGGAGUGUUGGCUGACCGCUUGAAGGAGGGAGGGCCUGAACUGACCAUGGACCAGCUCAUAAAACACAGCUUUGAGUACCUGCUGAACUUCCAUAGCACGGUUCCUAGCCUCAGCAUAGCUCUCUGUCUCUCCCAGCUGCUUAGCACUGUGGCUGAUAGAGGAGGGCACCAAGCUACAUACAGGGAGCAGACUGCAACCCUAGCCCGGCGGUUCCUGUGCCAGGAGUGGGUGACUACCAGCGGAGACAGAGAGAAAGGACCCAAACACAACGAGACUCUCCAAACUCUCCUCAGUAUUUACCUGGAGCACACUGAUGAUGUUCUGAAGGCGGUGGAGGAGAUAGCUGGAGAGGGCAUCCCUGAGCUCCUCAACUCAGCCAAAGAUGCCAGCUCUAGAACUUGGCCCACUCUCAACAGGCUGACGUUCCUGGUGUUCUAUAAGGGGAUGAUGGGAGUGCUGGAGAAGGCUGUGAGGAAGAUUCCCCCCGGCAGAAACAGUGACAACACUGAGGUGAUGAGUGAGAAGCUGCUAACAUGGAACCUGGCUGUCAGAGACUUCCACAUCCUGGUCAACCUGGUUAAGGUGUUUGACAGCAGACCAGUGCUCAAUGUGUGCCUGAAGUAUGGCCGUCUUUUCCUGGAGUCUUUCCUGAAGCUGGGGAUGCCAUUGUUGGAUUUCAGUUUUAAAAAGCACAAGGAGGAUGUCCAGAGCCUGCUGAAGACCUUCCAGCUCAGCACCAGGCAGCUCCACCACAUGUGUGGACACUCCAAGAUCCGCCAGGACACCAUCUUGACCAACCACGUGCCAGCCCUGAAGAAGAGCCUGGAGCAGUUUGUGUACAGAGUGAAGGCCAUGCUCACCCUCAACCACUGUCAGGAGGCCUUCUGGCUGGGUAACCUCAAGAACAGAGACCUCAAGGGUGAAGAGAUCCUCUCUCAGCGCUCACAGGGGAGUGAUGAAGAGGAGGAGGCAGGCUCCCCGCUUCCUCAGGAGCAGUCAGAGGAUGAGGCCCAGGAAAGUGACUCCGAUGGGAAGAAGAAAGGCAACCGGAAGGCAGAGGGGGACGAUGAUGAAAUCACAGAUGACUCCGAUGAUUAGGACAACGUGGGGGAAUACUGUGACCUGCAUUUUUGGUGCCAACAGACUAACCUUGCAUAACCCAUAUCCCUUUGCCCCCUCAGAUAGGAAUAGGUCAGGGAGGCCAAAGAGGGGAUUCCUAGUGCCUUGCUGCCAUUGAGAAAAUAGACAAUUAGGGGAUUACUGGGGAAGGAGGGGUCACUAUGUUAGUGAAUGUUAUAAAUGCUGCAAACAGCAUUAGGGAGUGCUGAACUAAUUCAGACACUAAGGUUUGAGACUGAGAUAAUGUAAUAAAAUUCUGAUGUUGCAGAAAGCUGUUGAGUGAAGUUUGAUUUACCUUUUAAGAUACACUGAGUGUAAAAAACAUUAUGGACAACUUCCUAAUAUUAAGUUGCAUAUAUGUUUGAAUUGUCAAACUGAUCUUAUUGGGAAGGCAGAUAAAGCGUUUUUAUUAAAAGCAAUCACUUUUGGAUGGGAAAAAUAAUCCUACUCGUUUUUUGCUUUUUCAUGCCCGGGGACAGCAGGUUCCAAUAUAUAUCUGAUACAUUUUUCACCCUGUACUAACUAAGCCUACCUGUGUGCUCAGGCCAUCUUAAUCGAAUCACCUCAAUGUUUGUAAACAUGAGAGCGCGUUAGUAUGUCAACUUUUUUUCUGUCAAAAAUGCUAACAUUUUGUUUAUGAACUGGGUCCAUGGAUGAUGGAUCUACUGUAUCAUUCCAAUACAAAUAAUAAACAAGUUAGUCUUGUU